AUGCGAGAACGAAGGCGACCGCCAUUCCCGAAUACCUCCUCGGAUCAAACCGUCAAGGGCCGUGACCUGCUUGUCCGAGGCGGGAACGCUGUGGAUGCGCUUGUCGGCACCACCUUCUGCGUCGGCGUCGUCGGCAUGUACCACGCUGGCAUCGGCGGAGGCGGCUUCGCCAUGAUCCGCGAUGCCGACGGCAGAUACGAGGCCGUCGACUUCCGGGAGUCUGCUCCGGCUGCCGCGCACGAGGACAUGUACCAGGGAAAUAUCCAUGGAAGCAUUCACGGUGGCCUGUCCGUCGCCAUCCCCAGCGAGGUCCGGGGGCUAGAGUACAUCCACAAGAAAUACGGUCGUCUGCCGUGGGAUAAGGUGAUGCGCGGCGCCAUUCAUGUGGCUCGUCAUGGGUUUCGAGUUUCGAGUGACAUGGUCCGAUACAUGGAGAGAGCCACCGCCAAUAAGAAAUAUGACUUCCUCCGCCGAGACCCAAGCUUCGCCCAAGACUUUGCCCCAAACGGAACCUUGCUCGGCGUCGGCGACAUCAUGACCCGGAAACGAUAUGCAAACACCCUAGAGACGAUCGCAACCGAGGGUGCGGAUGCGUUCUAUACCGGCAAGCUUGCCGAGUCCAUGGUCAAACAUGUGCAGCAGACAAACGGAACCAUGACCCUGGACGAUCUCGCAACGUACCAGGUCCUCUCCCGCCCUGUCAAAUCGGUCACGUACCACGGACUCGACCUCUUCACCGUCGGCGCCCCAGCAAGUGGCAGCGUGUGUCUCAGCAUCCUCAAAACGAUGGAGCAGUAUGAGGACCAUGGCGAUGUCAACCUGACGACGCACCGCUUCGCUGAGGCCAUGCGCUUCGCCUAUGGUGCCCGGUCCGAGCUCGGGGACCCACGCUACGUCGACGGCAUGCACGAAAUCGAGGACCGGAUGCUGGACGAUGCCAACGCACGGCGCAUAAGGCAUCUGAUCUCGGACGAACACACACAGCCGGUGCGCGCGUAUGAUCCCAAGGCACUCUACACCCCUCACGGCCAUGGCACAUCGCACAUUGUCACAGCUGACAGGUCGGGCAUGGCGACGUCGCUCACAACCACCAUCAAUCUCCUCUUUGGCGCCCGGAUCAUGGAUCCUGUGUCGGGCGUUAUCUUAAAUAACGAAAUGAACGAUUUCUCCAUCCCCGGCGUUCCCAAUGAAUUCGGCUUCGAACCCUCCGAGGCAAACUACAUCCGCCCCGGCAAGCGACCCUUGUCAUCGAUCACACCAGUCAUCGCCGCCCGAGCCGAUGGCUCCCUUUUCGCUUCCGUCGGCGCUGCUGGCGGUUCCCGAAUCAUCUCUGCCACCACCAGUGCCCUGUGGCACGUCGUGGAGCACGGGAUGACGAUGCGGAGUGCCCUUGCCGAACCCCGCCUGCACGAUCAGCUGAUGCCCAACACGGCCCUUCUCGAGUACGGAUUCGACAAUCAGACGGCGCUUUCGCUCGCCGACAGGGGUCACAAUAUCACAUGGGUCUUUGCCGGCCUGAGUGCUGUCCAGGGCAUCCGAAGCGGCGAAGAUGGCACCUUCGAGGCCGCCAGCGAACCGCGUCAGAAGAACAGCGCCGGAUAUUCGGUAUAG